AGGACAGUGACGAACUUUCUUUGCGUUGCAGCACCGAACACAACAACAGCCAUGUCUUUCGCAAAGACCAUGUACCAGACGGUGUUCCGCCGUCAGUCCACGACUCUCGUCUUCAUCUUUGGUGGAUGCUUUGUGUUUGAGCGCAUCUUCAACCCCCUCACUGACGGCUACUUCCAGUCGCGGAACGCAGGGAAGCUGUACUCGGAUCUGCCCUGUUCCAAGGAGGAGUAAAGGAGCACGACCGACCAUACCGACAAACCUCAAACACCCUCUACCCUCCUCCCUCUCUCUCUCUCGCGUCCACCAUUGACAUUCACGUAAACCCUCUCCCCCCCCCCCCAAACACACACACACGCCCACGCGCUGUUUCCUCUUUACCUUUACUUGUCCAGCUUUCAGCGUGAUCGAGGGCCAUGAACAGCAUGGUCUCGGCCACAUGUUUGUGACUGUUCGCUGCUCCUCCUGCUUGCUUGCUUGCUCGCUGGAGUUGCCCUUCCUGUGUGUCUUCACUUUGUCUGUAGCAGCCACUCGGAGGCGGUGUGUUGCUGACUGUUGUUGCGUUUCUGUGGUGUCUUCGUCUAUUCGUGGCACGUUCCCCCUUGACCAUUGUGUGUAUUCGUGUGUCUCCCCCUCCCCUUCAUCUUGGCGUGCACGGCUGUGCGGUCGUCCUGAUUGUGCUCAUAUGCGGCACUGUGCUGCGCAGUAAAAGCUGCCUCCCUCCCA